AUGGUGUGUGUUUUACUCAGACUGCUGAAAGCUGAAAAGGCCUUUGGAAAUGUAUUUGCAAUCGCUAUCCUACCAAUCCCGCAGUACUCAAAACUGCAGCUAUUCGCGAUUAGUAGCUCUGUGAAGAUCAAGAUGUUUACAGCUUUUAGCGUCCCUGCUGCAGUUAAGAUCAUGGUGUCUGUUCACGAGAAACUUGCUUUUCAAAUCUCCGAGAAGGCUGAACAGCUUGAAAAGCGCAUGAACGAGGAAUUACUUACUCGCAAGCAUGCAAUGGACACAUUGCAAACCAAUUUUCCAUUUCUUUCUGUAGUCGAGUGUGACAUGCUACUCGAUCUAUUCGGCAAUAUUGCAUCGAUUGCUCAAGCCGGAGCGGAGAAACUGCUAGACGUGACUGUGCUGAGUACAUCCGCAGCAUAUGCGAUUGAAGAGUUUUUCAAAGCCGAGUAUGUUGUGGACUAA